CCAGGGCGCAAAUUUCGGCGAUAGAAAAGCCGCGCUCGCAAAAGAGACACAGCCUCAUCAGCAGCCCGCCGUCGCACUUUAAACAGCCCCGAGGGCGUUUCCCCUCCCUGGGCUGACGGGCUUUUAUUGCUUUCGGACCCAGCCGUCAGACAGCGACAGGCAAUGGCAACAGCACAAACCGCUGUCUCCUCGGGCACUACACCCGGCUCCGGUCCUCAAGGGACAGCUUCGGGCCCAUCGGCUGCGCCAGGUGAUCGAAAGUUGUACGAAGACGCGAGAGAUUCGCCGAGGUCGAGGAGUGGUAUGGCGGACGCCGGUAGUCAGGGUAGCGGCAGCAUCAAAAGGCGGCUCGAAGAGCGCGACGAAGGGAUUCGCUACGGAAGCCCCAGUCACCAUUCGCCGCAACCUCGAGCGAGCUCGGCGCGCAUUCCUCCUCAUGAGGACGUCCGCGCCUCGCCUGGGUCUCGACUUGGCCGCAACGGAGGCCACCCGGCUUAUUCUUCGCCCUAUGACGAGGAUGCCAAGCGUAGACGAGUUGAGGAGCGAUACCAACCUCCACCGCCAGGUACUGGUGCUGUGGGCGAUUACGAGUACGGAGGCGAGGAGCACGAGGACAUGCGGUACAUGCGUGCCCCACGGCCCAGCAACGGUCGCUAUUCCCCCGCCGAAGGACCGCCGCCGCUACCCCACCCCUCGUCUUCGGAGCAGCGCCGACCAUCGCUCAUGGACGGCGAGUACGACGCAGGCGUGCCUCUGGCUCGGCGGAGAGGCGACGCCGCUCAGGCAAAGGCAAGCCGACUACACAUCGAUACGGGUUCAGCCGCAGCCGGCGAUGCGCCUCCCUCGAGGCAGUCGUCCACGUACCAGCCCUCGCCGGGAAGGGCCACAACGGUGGCCAAGAGCGCACCGCCACAAAAGAUGACCUUUUCUGACCGAGGCGGCGAUGCGCCGCCCUUUGAUCCUCGCGGCGAGCCUCCUCCGCCGAGGUACCAUCCUGCUCCUGCCCAUGGUGGCUACUCAAGACAGCCGGGACCCCCGCCUGGCCACUUUGUCGACGAGCGGGGCGGCUACAUCUCGCCUCCCCUGCGCGGACCUCCCCCUCCAGGUGCGCACUCUCAAGGCCAUCCUCCCCCUCCGCCGCCGCAGGCGGCCCUCCUGGCAUACCGCAGAACCAUUCGGUGCCCCCUCGUACUGCUGGGCUGAACCCUCCACCGACUGCGCGGCUACCGGAGCAUCUUCGUUCGCCACCUUCCUCCAAGACGCAAUUUCUAUCCCU